GAUUGGGGUAGAAGUGGUAUUCCGGAUGACGUAAUAUGGGCAAUUGUGGAAACAUACAGGCAAGGGGUUUUGCAUCAUUUUUGCCUACUCAGUCCAGUCCGCCAGUCCCUGCAAGUAACAACACUUCCGAGUGGAGACGCGGACAAGCUCUCUCUCUCUAGGUACCAGUGGUGUGGCGGCACUUCUUCCGACUCGUUCCUCAGUAAGCUGACUUUCGCCUAACCAGAAGGUUUCCCCGCAUCCGCAGUCCCCUCGCCAACUCAAAUCUCUCGUUUUCUUUUCUACCUCCUGUCGCCGGAAUGGCCAGAAGCCUGCCCGGAUUUCUGGCACAGAUCGUCGCGGUGGCUUUGAUCUGCUGCUCAUUCGCCGCCGCUGCUUCAAUCUUCCAGCCCAUCUCCGACUCUCACCGAUCCGCCGCAUUGGAGAUCUUCGACCGAUCCUUUGGCAGCUUAGAAGAAACAUACGAGGCAUUGCGAACAUUUGACGUUCUUGGGCUCGAGAGAAAACCUGAUGUAGGAACUACAGCGUGCCAGUCUGUUUCGCAGACUCUGGCUUCAUCGUCCUCGAAUUUGAAAGAUAUAUUCUAUGCUUUGAAAGUCAAUGGAGUUUUGAAGUGCGAGCUAGAUGCGGAGAGUGUAGAGGGAACUGUUUCCACAUUUCAAACUGCCGUGGGGAGUGCCAGUUCGUUGCUCGAAUUCUAUCAUUCAAUUGGAGGCUUGGUACUUGUCAAGGAUCAAGCUUUGAAGGGUGAUCUUUUUCUUGCUGAUGCUGAAGGAGCAUUUCGUUCCAUCAAGGCUUUAAGUCAGAGUGAUGGAAGGUGGCGAUACAGUUCCAGUAAUCCUGAGUCUAGCACUCAUGCCGCAGGUUUAGCCCUUGAAGCACUAGCUGGAGUUAUCUCGUUAUCAUCUUCCGAGAUCGACCAGUCCCUGAUUGGUACAACGAAAAAUGAUAUACUGAAGCUUUUUGAGCAAGCUGAAAAGUAUGAUGAUGGAACCGUCUAUUUUGAUGAGGAGGAGAUUGAUGCUCAUGAGAGUCAAGGCCCUCUUACAUCUACUUGGUCUGUUGUCAGAGGUAUAACAUCAUUUGCAGCAGUGACUUCAGGAAACCUAAAUCUUCCAGGGGAAAAGGUACUGGGUUUGGCUAAAUUUUUCCUUGGGGUUGGGAUUCCUGGUGGUGCUAAAGAUUUUUUCAACCAAGUAGACUCCUUGGCUUGCUUGGAGAGCAACAGGCAAGUGCUUUCAUGGAAUGAUUCUCUCUGUUUGAUUGCUAUCCCAUUAAUUCUAUCACUUCCAGCUACUGUGAAUUCGUUGACAAGGAAAGACGCACUCAAGGUUAAGGUCAGUACUGUACUUGGUUCAGAUGCUCCUCCUCUGAUGGUGAAGCUUGUAAGAGCUAAGGAUACUCCUGCUAUUGAAAGCCAGGAGCUCAAGUUUGAUUCCGAGAACAAGGUGCAUGUCUUGGAAACUUUGAAAAAGAGUGUUGAUGUGGGCAAGUACAUAUUCGUUUUCGAGAUUGUAUUUCAUGAUCCUGAGCAUAAGAAGGUUUAUGCUGUGGAAAGUAAAGCUGAGGUUCCAAUUUUCUUAACUGGAGCUGUCAAAGUUGGAAAUGCAGAGAUUGCAGUCCUUGAUAGUGAUCUUGGGAGCACAGAAACUCAGAAGAAUCUGGAUUUUGCUGGAGAGAAUCUUGUGUCAUUGUCAGCAAAUCAUCUCCAGAAGUUGAGACUACGUUUUCAGUUGACCACUCCUCUUGGCCAUCCUUUCAAGCCGCAUCAGGCAAUUUUGAAGCUGACACAUGGGAGCAAGGUGGAUCAUAUCUUUGUGGUUGGAAGCACUGGGAAGCAGUUUGAGAUCAUUCUGGAUUUUCUUGGACUCGUGGAGAAAUUUUACUAUCUAUCUGGUAAAUACGAAAUUCAACUCACAGUUGGAGAUGCUGUCAUGGAGAACUCCUUCUUUAAAGUUAUUGGACAUCUUGACCUUGAUCUACCGGAAGCACCCGAGAAGGCACCCCGACCCCCUGUGCAGCCUGUUGAUGCAUACUCAAGAUUUGGACCUAAAGCUGAGAUAGCCCAUAUAUUUAGAGCUCCAGAAAAGCGUCCUCCUCAAGAGCUCUCUCUGACUUUCUUGGGACUUACAGUUUUGCCUCUCUUGGGGUUCAUAAUUGGGCUUUUGCGCCUGGGAGUAAACCUGAAGAAUUUCCCUUCUGCUGCUGCACCUGCCUUAUUUGCUGCUCUUUUCCAUUUGGGCAUCGGAGCUGUUCUUUUGCUCUAUGUUUUAUUCUGGUUGAAGUUGGAUCUGUUCACGACGCUGAAAAUACUUGGGUUCUUGGGAGUGUUCCUGCUGUUUGUUGGACACAGAACACUUUCCCACCUAGCGUCAACAACAUCCAAGGUGAAAUCUGCGUGAUUCAUGGUAGAAAGGAGGUUAGAUUGUUCCAAAAACUUGCAGUCCAGAACAUAAUUUCAGGUUGUAUGUUUGAGAGUACGUUCUUAGGGACACAUUUACUAGAAAAUUUUGUAGGACUGCCUUCUUUGGGCGCCGACUCUUCGAUACAUUGAGAAUCGCAAUACUCUUAGAAGCUUCACCCAAACACAGCUUAUCGAUUGGUGGUGUAGUUCUCUCUUAUUUCUGAGCUUUUGUAACAGCCCUCAAGCAAACUGCGUUGGCAUAUAGUCUAGCCUAUCAAACUUGAGCAGUAGCUCUUUUUCUAUCGUGUUUUUUAGUCCCUUUAGUGAUAUUCAUUAUCAUUAUCUUACAUUUCCCGCAAAGCACGAGAAAAAUCAACCUUUUUGUUUACCACUCACUUCGUGUGCUAAAAUCACAUUAUCAAAGGGGGAAAGUAAUCUGUGUGAUCUGAGUUUGAGUUUUGGUUGAAGGAGCCCCUUUCAUGUAGCUUUUGUGGAUAAGACCACUAGAGAGUUCCUCUUUGUCACUUAGGGGUCGUUUGGUUUUGGUGAUAGUUGAAU